GUGAUCGACUGCAGCGCACAACUUUUGGUGGCUGAUGGGCAAAGCUAUUUUUUUCCGUGACUGUUUCGGGUGUAAAAGUAGUUUCAAGCAACAAUUGGUUGAAAAUCGUGCGCAACACUAAACCAAAAUAAUGUCUUCCCGAGGGAAGAUAAAAGUUUUACUGUUAAUCGCAGUUUUAUUCGGCGCCUGCUAUCGCGUGCACUGUAGACCGCAGGAAAGUGCGUCAGAGCGAAACCGGCAGGAAGAGCUGACCAAAGAAACCAAAAUUGGAGACUCGAAGGUGUACGGUUUGAUCCACAACGAAUCGGAGGGAAAAGAUGCCAAACAGGAGAAGGAAGAUCUCGAUUCGAAGAUUCUCUCGAUUUUUGAAAGUGUUCAGAAAAAAAUUAUUGACCUGUUGAACCCGGGAGCUGUGAUUGACAAAACAACCGAGGAUGACUGGAAGAUAAACCCCAUCGAAGACUACCAAGCACUUCGAUCGGGUAUUGUCAACGCGAUGGAUUCUAUCGCAAAGCAAAUUAAUGCAGUUCUAGACACCCCAAAAAAGCUUACAACCAAAAUCAACAAAUCAAUUACGAAAUCGCUUAACGCGAUUGGCAAUAAGUUAGUUGGACUGGAGUGAAGGACUAAAGGACACAACACGGCCCGGCAAGAGUAUAUCGAGUUUUAUUAGUUUUUCGUGUAAAUACAUUAUCAGCACUGCUUUACUACUGCUUUGGAAUGUUUCUUAGCUAGCUACCAGAACGAAAAUAUCGCUCUCUACUGUGUUAGGUAUAAAUAACUUAAUAGAAGUAGAAUCAUACAUUCACAGUGUGCUACAAAACUACUUUACUCAGCCCAGCAGAAUGCUAUCGCUUGUAUAUUGUGUGUGAAUAAAAAUAUUUCGUUCGCCUUAAUCGCUAAACUUCAGCUUGGUAUGAUACUGACCUAAAACUUUUGAUAGUUAAACGUAUUUGUUUUCCUUGGUCAUAAAUUACUCUAACUCAAACCCGAUACAGUUAGGGUACUCUCUUUAGGGUUAAAAUGAACAAUUGUUUUUGGCACAGCGUCUCCUUAAUCUAAGGAUUCCUUUCUCCUUCAUCUCGCCUGUAAUAAAUGCAGCUAGAUGUGUCCGCACUUUUUUUCUGGUGCAGAUUGAAUGUUGUUUCGAAACUUUAUCUGCAGGCACUUAAGUUGCACAUAGGAGCUUAAAGCUAGUACGAGUAUUUUUUCUCUCUAAUCCGUCGUUGUAUUGGUGCGUGUUUUCGGGUGUGUACGAAAGUGUUCCCUUCGUUUUUCGGCGUCUUUAAGGUUUUAGUUAAUAUCAAUCAUCCAAAUAGGUCCCGGUGCUGUUUCUAUUCAAAGUCGUAUCCACCGUCGGUGAGUACGACUUGUACGUUUUAGAUGAUCGUUUAUGUUUCACCGUGCAAAACAGUAACAU